AUGAAGUCCAAAAUAUUUGCAUUUAGGUUUUCUUCUAAAAGUUUUAGCUCCUACGUGAGUUCCUUCUUUUCUUUCCAUUCAGCGUUCAUUUUGUUGGUUUGCUAUCUGCAGGGUACCACCAUAAUAACGUCACUGACAUCCAUGCUGCAUGAUGACAGAGAAUUUCCCAGUCCUGAGAAGUUUGACCCUGGCCACUUUCUGGAUGAGAGUGGCAACUUCAAGAAGAGUGACUACUUUGUGCCUUUCUCAGUAGGAAAGCGGAUGUGUGCAGGAGAAGGCCUGGCUCGCAUGGAGCUGUUUUUGUUCUUCACCACAAUUUUACAGAAUUUUAAACUGAAGCCUGUGGUUGAUGUAAAGGACAUUGACACCACCCCAAUUGCCAGUGGCUUUGGCCAUGUGCCACCUUUGUACCAGCUGUGCUUCAUUCCUGUGUGAGGGCAGAGUCCCUAUGCUGCCACCUGCAGCUUCUCCACGGGGGCACUGCCACCUCCUUCCUGGGUUACGGUUGCUUUGUCCCCCAUUUCCCCAUUCCCUCAAGAUCCAGUGGAUAUCCAACCUCAUUACGCUGAGCUCUCUGGGUCAGUGCACAUGUCUAUCUGUGAUUCCCUAGAGCCUCUGACACUUACAUGGAACACCCUAUGCUAAUUCUUUUCUGAUGUCACUUUA